GAUUUGAUUAGAAAUUACAAACUGAUCAUUAAAGAAAAAAAUCAACAAUCUGAUUCCGACUCGGAGCGCCAGAGUUCAACUUCUUCGCCUGAUUUAUACAGUUCUGACUGCGGCGAGCCAAUGAUAUUCGAACAAGAAAUUUGUUUUUCUGAUAGUGAAUGCGAUAUUGAAAAUUCCCAAAAUCGUACAUCAAACAAGCAGAAGCGACAAAAUAAACUUGAAAAUGCUAGAAAGAAGCAAUUAUCUUACAACAGUAUUACAAUGAAGAACGAUGAUUAUUUGUUCGAGAAACUCGAUCAAUCCCUGCUAAAUGAGGUCGUUUCAGAGAACUCCAAAUUGCUCUCUACUAGAUUAAUAAAAAAUAAUUCUCAAUCAAGUUUCAUUAAUUUUGAAACUACAGAUAGCCCAAAGAACAGUUCUUUAGUUACAAUAUUCGCGAUAUGGAACACCACAGUGGGAUCUUCGUUGUUAGCAAUGGCAUGGGGCAUGGGAAAAGCUGGUUUGUUUCCUGGUAUCGUUAUAAACCUAAUAGUCAUGACCAUUUGCUUGUACACAGCCUAUGUUCUACUUAAAGUCAAAGAAAAGCACGGUCCCAUUGGCGAGAAUUUCGAGGUCCCGGAGUUGUGUAGAUUGCUCAUCGGCCGAUGGGCUGAGCAAGUGUCUAAAGUAUUUUCACUGGUUAUUUUAAUAGGAAGCGAUAUUGUUUAUUACAUAUUGAUGUCCAACUUCUUGUAUAACUUCGUUGUAUUUAUUUACGGUUACUUCAACGAAGUAGGAAACCACAAUCCAAAUGCAGACACUGUGCAAUGUCCCAAGGAAAUUCUAGUUGUAAACAAAACACAUCUGGUCCAAAGCGUUGUUCCCUCGACGCCGUUCUAUACUAUUUGGAACCUGUACAGUACGGUUCCGUUAAUUUUAGCUGUGAUAAUGUUUCCCCUUUUGAACAUGAAAAGCCCAACAUUCUUCACCAAAUUUAACAGCUUGGGUAUUGUGAGCAUUUCGUAUCUUAUUAUCUUCGUCGCUGUGAAAUCAUUCGUUUGGGGCGUCCAUUUGGAUGACUGGUCGGGGGAAUUCCACAUAAAGUCCACCUUCUGCGUUCUGAGCGGGACGCUAACGAUGAGUUACUUCAUCCACAACAUCAUAGUUUCUAUUAUGAUGCAAAACAAGCACCAAAAAUCUAACGGAAGAGACCUGACUAUUGCCUUUAUCCUGGUGUCUUUUACCUAUUUGUUUCUUGGUGCUGCGUUCUACAUCGCUUUUCCGCUGAAGAAAACUUGUAUCGAAGACAAUCUCCUGAACAAUUUCUCGAAGCAAGACGUGAUGGCUUUGAUAGCGAGAGUACUUCUGUUUUUCCAAUUGUUCACGGUGUUUCCCUUCGUAACGUACAUGCUGAGAGGAGAAAUUAUGAGCUGCAUUAAACUGAUUUUCGGCAAAGAAAGGCACGGCGAAUUUUCGUAUACAAAAACCAUUAUAAUUAACAUAAAUAUUGUGUUUAUUUGUUUAAUGUUCGCCUGUUUCUUGCCGAAAAUAGGAACCUUAAUCAGGUACACCGGAGCCCUGAGUGGCCUCAUCUACGUGUUUGUGAUGCCAAGUCUUCUUAAAAUGGCAUCUCUUAGGAAGGAAAAUUCCUUGACUUUUACCAAAGGAUUCUUGCACGUCGGAUUAAUUAUUCUAGGCGCGCUUAAUUUGAUUUCGCAGUUUUUUAUGGAGUAG